AUGUCCAACAAUUCUAGGGGUCAGAGAAUGUCAAUAAGCAGGUCGAGGAGCCAGACAAGCACCAAAAAGAACUCCAUUCCAGAGAACCUGGGGCCUUUAUAUGAUGACAAUGGUCCAGAAGGUGGUUCAAGUGAAUUCUUAGCUUCAUUGAAUGCACCUUAUCAUGCUAAAAUGUCUUCAGAAAGUGUUGAUAAAAUCGGCAGAUCAUCAUCGCCUUCAAGAGGUUUAUUUGAAACACAUCAAUUGAAUCCAGAAUCCAUUCCAGGCAAUCUUCACGUGUCACCAAAUAAGUCAAUUGAACAUUUGAUUAAAAGAUAUGGUGCUGUUACUCUUAUAAGGCAAUUGUCUACAGAUUUGGCACAAAGAGAAGCUGAAAUGUCAUUGAUAAGGAAGAGAAACUCAACUAGAGAAAACACGCUGAUGAAGUUACUGAAUGAAAUGGGGUUAUCAACUAGCCAGAUAGAGCUGAUACUGAGGGAGAGGCUAGAUAAAAGUGAAAUGAGCUUGAAAGAUAUUAACGACAACUCAUAUUUAAAAGACCUGAUCAAUGAUGCAAUGAGUGAACAUUUUGAUGAUGUUUUACAGCCCGUUGAUUCAAGAACAUCUAUUGCAACUUCACCAGCAACCCUAAGAACUCCACAAAGAAGCUCCACCAGUGUUACAUUGAACGCUGGAAAACAAAGCUCAACACAAAAAGUUUCAACAAGGCCUCAUUCAAUGUCUUCGCCUCCAUUACCUUCAAAUGAUCUCAAACAGCAUCACAACAAUUCCAUCAUUUCACAACAACACGGCUCAAACUCAAUAUUAAAUGUUGUUUCGCAUAGAUUUUUGAAUCACGUACCUCAGCCUGUCCAUGAUGCAAUAGUAAAUAGUAGCACAAGUAACAACAAGAGGUUAGUGCCUAUGGAAAUGGAAAAUUUCGAUCCUCAUGAUGUGAAGCCACCAACUUACCAAGAACAAUCUACUGAAGAUGAUCGAGGAUAUAUAGACAAGUUUGGGUUCAUGUAUGACAGAGAAAAUAAGGAUGGCACUAAAAUUACAUCACCAAGAAACCCAAUUGAUAAAUCGUUUACUUCAAGGCUUUUAGAAAUUGCAAAUGAUUAUGACAAAACUCAACAUCAAAACAAUAAACAAUGGGAUGCGUUCAUAAAAAAGAUUUCUUUGUUGAAUAAUGAAAAUUCAGAUGAUUUAUUAGUGAUCAACGGUGAAAAUUUAUCAAAUUUUAAACACUUGUACAAAGAUUUCACCAAAUUGGUUCAAAACGGUGUUCCAAUGAAGUACAGAACAAAAAUUUGGUCAGAAUUAACAGGAUCCAAAAAUUUAAUGACACCAUCAGAAUAUUAUAAAUUAGUUUAUGAAACAAAAGCAAAUGAAGAGGCUGAAUCACAAAUAGAGCUGGAUCUUUAUAGAACAAUGCCUUUCAACAUUUUUUUCAAAGAUAAUGGGCCUGGAUUGAAAAAAUUGAAAAAUAUUUUGAUUGCUUUUAGUAGGAAAUAUCCAAAUAUAGGCUAUUGUCAAGGUAUGAAUUUUAUUGCUGCUAACUUGUUAUUGGUUUAUCCCAAUGAGGAAGAAGCAUUUUGGGCAUUCAUUGGACUUGUUGAUAAUGUUUUACCUAAAGAUUUUUUCAAUUUGGUUAAUGUGAAGAAUGAUUUGACCAUAUUUAAGGAAAACUUUAUCGAAAACUUACCAAAAUUGAAUGCUCACUUUAACGAGAUUGAUGUUGAGAUUGAACCUAUUUGUUUCAAUUGGUUCAUUUCACUAUUUUCAGAUAGUCUACCUAUUCAUAUUGUUUUCAGGGUUUGGGAUAUUAUGAUGUUGAAUGGGUAUACAGAGAUCUUCAAGAUAUCGAUUGCAUUGUUCAAGACAUUUGAAAAAAAUCUAUUGGGAUUUGACAGUAAUGUCGAUGUUUAUGAGUUUAUGAAGAAUUUGAAUACAGCUAAUUUCAAUUUGAAGGGAACAGAGCUAAUAAAGAUCAGUUCUUCAAUCAUUUUGAAUACUUCUGAAAAAAAAUGA